AUGUCCGGCGGAUCGUCCACCGCGAACGCGGCGCACGACGCCAUGCGUGCGGCAAUCGGCGAGAUGGAUGCCUCGAGAGGCUUCGACGCCGUGGUCGUGUGCACGUCGAACGCGGCGCAGGAGGCGUACUGGCAACGGCGAUUGGAACUCACGCGCGGCCAAGCCGCGAAGGAAGGAGCGACGAUCGUGUGCGUGCACGAAGAUUGGGCGAAGGAUGGUGCGGGGAACGGAUUGGGGACGCUGUACGCGUACGAAAAGGCGCGCGCGAAGGCGCGAGAGACGGGUCGCGGCGACCUGGACGAGAUCUUGGCGAACGGUGGGACGAUCGGUAUGUAUCACACCGCUGGGAAAGGUACGAGGUUGGCACCGCUUCCGGGAAGCGAAAAUAAUAAUAAGCCCGGGGUAAAGCUUCCGAGCCUCGUCACCGUGGACGGCGGCAAGGAAAACUUGACCAUCCUUGAAGCAGUCAUUCGGCAGACGGGUAGGUACGCCUCCGAGCGCGCCGGACGGUGCAGUGUGUUCUGGGGCGAUCAAAUCUUCGUUCCCGCCGCGGGUCAUGGAGCCAGUGGCAAGCAUCACGCGGACAUCCUGGCGUUCAUGGGCCCGAUGCCUACGGCAGAGGAGUGGCGCGAGCGAGGGUUGGAAAAGUACGGCUUGAUCGCCGUGAACGAGGCGAACGAGGCGACGCAGGUGGAGAAGGUGAGUUACGAUACUGCGGCGGAAUUAUUGAAGUCGUUCGGCUCCGUCGCCGGUGUCGGUCCGUCCCUCGGCUCGUUCUCACUCUCUGCGCCGUUGCUUAGCGGCUUGCUCGAAGAGUUCAAAAUUGAAAUCGCAGGUAAGACAGCGAAGUUCGAUAGCGAUCCGCACUUCUGGAUGCCCUUGACGCUCAGUAAGGAUGCUUACGUGAAGGUUAUGUCGACCAAGGGCGAAGCCGAGGAACAAUCGUCAUCGCAUCACGAUCGCAUGCAGGCGUUCCGGGCGAAGCUUUUGGCCGCACACCCAGACAAGGGCAUGUUUGGCGCCAUAAACGUCGGCGAGGGCUCGUAUUGGUGGGACUACGGCUUGCUCGCCCUGUAUAUGAAGAACAACUUAUUGGCGCUCGGCGAUAGUGAAGAGGCCAAGUCGCUGCGUUUGUAUCUCGGCAUCCCCGAGGGUGCGAGACGUGUCGACGCGCAGCUCGGCGCCACCAAGGUGGAUGAGUCCACCGUCGUGCUCGCUUCGAAGAUCGACGCCGGUCACGUCGCCUCAUCCGUGGUCUCUCACGUUCGCACGAAGAACGCUGAUAUUUCCAAUUCACUGCUCGUGAACGUUACAGCGAAGAACAUUCGUGCACACAACUGCGUGGUGUACAACGUUGUGGACGAAUCCGAUGAGGGACUCAUCUUGCCUGAUGGCGCUGUCUUCACCAAUGUCUUCAUCCCAGCGAAAGGCUCGGACGAUAAGCACACUAAACUUGUCAUGAGUUCCACGACCGCCACGUGCGGGGGCAAGGUAUUCAAGUCCAAGCUCUCCCAAAAUCCCUACUCGUUCAACCAGGUGUAUGAGCUCAACGCCGACACGGACGUCGAGCGCGCGUACGCUGCUGCGAAGGCGGCGCACACCGAGGCCGCAGCCAAGCACUAA